AUGGAUUCUUCGCUGCCUGAGGUCUGGCAAGCUGCUGCUGGCAGUCCCUUCUUCCCCUCUGUGAGCAAAGGAAGCCAGUUCUGGGUCGCCUUUUCCUUGCUGUUCCUUGGAUUCUCCCUGACCGGCGUCUUUGCCCUGAACCGCACAAUCGUCAACGUUCCCGUACUAGGCAUUCCAGCUUCUAUCGCCAUUGCUCGCAAUCUCGAAAUGGCUCCAGACGCUCAGCCAAUCUUCCGCGCGGUUGCGACUUCGACAAGGCCACUGUAUCAACUUCUCAGAUGCAUCAACUUUGCACCCAGAGUUCAUGUUCAAAUUACAGAGGAUGGUGUUCGUUUCGCUGCUGACCAUGCACGGGUGAUGCAAGCCAAUCUGCCUGCUCAGGAUGGUGACAAUCCACCUGAGCUUCCCAAUUUUCAACUUUCUUUAUCUUCUGUUCUCGAAGUACUUCAAAUAUUUGGAGCCGUAGACGUAGCCACACGGGCUCAAAAAGCAGACCAGGAUCCUUAUCGCAGCAAUCUUCGGAACUACCGGCCUGAUGCUUUCAGCAACCAAACUCUUGGUAUUUCUGGCACCUGUACUCUGCAGUAUGGCCAGGAGGGGGAUCCAUUUAAGAUCACCAUCGAGGAGUCUGGCGUUAAAACAACAGCGUCAUUGACAACCUAUCUACCAGAAAUACCUGAUGAUAUUCCAUUCGACCGCAAUGAUCUGGCCUUCAAAAUCAUUAUGCAAUCCCGAACACUACUCGAUUCUCUUGCGGAGAUUUCCCCAACAGCCCCGACGAAAUUAACAAUCACAACCACUAAAAUCUCGCCAUUUCUAUCUCUUGCUGGUGUCGGAGAUCUUGGAAGUUCUGGAGUAGACUUCGCUCGUGGAAGAGACCUUCUCGAAACCUUCAAUAUCCAGGAACGCUGGUCGCAGGCCUACAAGUUUGACUUUAUCAAGAAUUCAACAGAAGCAAUGCGAAUUGCCACUAAGGUUAGUUUACGAGGGGAUGGUCAGGGGGUACUGAGUCUGCAAUUCAUGGUAGAUAUUGAAGGUGGUAAGCGAAGCUUUUUGGACUUUCGGUUCGUUCCAUUCAUCUCGCACGAUGAGGAUGAUGAUGAGGCAGAAGAGGCUGGUGAAGCUGACUAG